CGGCCCGCUGACGGCGCGUGCUGGCUCCUGGCGACCCUUGAAUGGCAAAACAUCCCAACUCGGAAAUAAAUGAAAUGUUGUCAACUUCAGUGCCAAGCACCUUUGUCUUCUACGGCGUGGAAGUGAGCCAAUAAUUUGAUGACUCACAACUCUCUGAACACGAUCGAUAACUUUGAAAAUCAAGGAGCUCCUUCAAAAACAACGAAUACAUUUGCCCUGAGCUUUCCCUUUGCCCCACGCAGCUAAAAGUGUACAACUAGCGCGUCCAAAGUUACGUGGGAACCCUAUCAGCUUGGCUGGUAAGAGAAAUCCGAUUGUAUCUUAGAAUGAGACAACAUCAUGCAGUCCAGCUCAGGCCCCACUAAAAUUCAAUAACAAUCGAUAUCAUAUUGACUCUCCAGUGCUGCAGAUCAUCGCGCAUACAGUAAAGUUCGGAGAUCUAUACAACUGGGCAUACGUUAUUUUCACCACUCGUGCAUAGAGAGAAUUAUUUAUCCACAUGCACAGCACUGAAUCCUGCUAUCGUUUGAUAUAAACCCGCGUGUGGUGAUGUUCGUUUAUAUAACGCGGUCCAGCAGAGCAACUUCACUUGAAUUGUAAAGCUGAUUAACUCAGGGCCAGCGGAUUCUGCCAUGAGGUUUAUGAUGGACGCAAUAAUCAAAUGUCCUGGCAAUGUCACAUUGGUUGUGGUAUGCCUGAUCUGGGCUGCCACCAUCCUUCUGGUUAUUGAUACCAAAUUGAACUACACAUUGGAUGCGCGGGACAAGGAGUGUUCGUGCGCAUCUCAGCAGGUGUCAACCAAGGAAAGCAAAGAUGACCAGGUCCAGACUCGAACCGUCGUCAAAUGGCUGACGUACUGCCGCAAGGAAAUCCCGGUGGACAGCGGCAGCGAAAAGACCACAGUCCCACGGAGUAAGGCUAGACGCACGCACGCGAAGAAAAGUCCGCCCCUCGUCAACCCGCAUCCGUACGACUUCACCAUCACGAACGCGGACGCGUGCGCAAAGGGUGCCAAUCGCAACGGUUACGUGGACGCCCUGUGCCUCGUGUUGACAGCUCCCAGUGACAGUUACACCCGCACGCUGAUCCGCAAGACCUGGGCGAGUGUCAGACGCGUGAAGGGUAAGCGGAUCGUCACCAUGUUCCUCCUUGGGCAGAGGGACGAAGAGACACAGUUCGUCAUAGGUCUGGAGGACAACCACUACCACGACAUAAUCCAGGAGAAUUUCUACGACUCCUACUACAACCUGACACUCAAGACGAUCAUGGGACUGCGCUGGGCAGCGAGGUUCUGUCCCAACGCCCGCUACAUCCUGAAAGUGGACGUGGACAUGUUCGUCAACGUGUACAAUCUCGUUGACCGCCUGGACACUGCCCCAACACACAACUUUGCGGAGGGUAACCUCAAAGACGUAACGAAACCCAUACGGAACAGGCAGAGUAAGUGGUACACGUCUCCGGAAGUCUACCCUAACAAGACGUACCCUCCGUACAUGUCUGGACCCGCUUACCUAAUGUCCGGAGACCUCUCCGCCCGCAUCUUUGGUACGUCGCUCCAAACGAGUUUCCUACCAUGGGAAGACGCAUACGUAGGUAUCAUCAUGCACAAGAUUAAGGUGCAACUCAGUUACAAUGCGAAGUUCGACAACUACCUGGAUUACCGCAACGAGCAAGACAUGCUUCGGAAAAUUAACGAAUGCAUCACGUUUCAUCUUGGAGAGGACAAGGAGGAGAACAAGGAUAACAUAGUGAUGGUUUGGAACCGAGUGCGGAUGCUCAACGACAUCCCUGUUUUGGAGUAACCUUUAUCCCAGCAAUCGAAAAACGGCAGACAUUAGAACGUGCUUCCCCAAAGUGUGACUGUAUAUAGAAUUAUUGUCCAUUUUUAAGAGACAAAAAAAACCCGUUUCACGUGAUUGACCGAAAACACCAACUUUGAAGACAUGAGUGUCGUAGCAGCUGUAUCCUGGUAUAUGCGGCCACAGACAAAUUGUUAAUGACACACAACUAGACGAUGCACCUAAUUUUUCUUUCGUCUUGCAUAUUUACUGAUUAAUAGAUUUACAGCAAAUUGCCCAACUAGUGACUUUAUGACAAGUUCCCUUUUCGUGGCCCAUUACAUAAUGUACAUCCCGAUUUUAUCGUGCAGCAUUAUAAACACCUUUUAGAAUACACAAAGAUAAUGGAGUUCAUUAAUGAAGAUUACGGAUUUUCACAACUUAUCAACUUGGACACUUUUAAAUGUUUGACAUCGGAAUCUAGUCGAACUAAUUAUACUUAAGCGUGUACGUAUUUGA